AUGCUCCUGGCGACGUUCGCGGUGAGCAUCACGUACGUCGCCGGGCUGAGCACGCCGGGCGGCUUCUGGGACAGCAUCGGGGGCAGCCACCACCCAGGCGACGCCAUUCUCAAGGACAAGCACAGCCCACGCCUCAUGGUGUUCAUUCUCUGCAACACCACGGCUUUCGUGGCGUCCCUGCUCAUCACCAUGGUGCUCAUCAUUGACGGGAAGAAGCUCGGCAAGAAGAAGAUGGUUCGGUCUCGCAUACUCUGCGGGUGCAUCGUCAUCGCCCUGGUCGGUCUCGUCGCCGCAUACGUCGCGGGCAGCUGCAGGGAGAUCGAUAACACCGCCUACGUGGUCUCCCUGGUUGGCGCCGUUGUGGCAUAUAUCCUGCUCCAACUCCAUGGCUUCUGCAGUUCAGAGUCAAAAUUACUGUCUUGUUUCACUCCAGGUGAUAAUGUCUCUGCAAUGUAUAACUGCAGUGCUAGGGAAGCUCUGGACAAGGCUCGCUCUCUUGUUCUACUGCUCGCCACUCUUGCCGCCACCAUCACCUACACAGCAUGCAGGGUUGGACCCGCCAGGUGGCGUUUGGCAGGACAACGGCGAGGGGCACAUGGCCGGCGACCCCAUUCUCCUCACGACCAACACGCUAGGCGGUACAAGGCCUUCUACUACUGCAACUCGUUUGCGUUUGUGGCCUCCUUGGUGGCCAUCGUCCUGGUUCAGAAAGAGAUUCUGGUCAAGCACCACGCGCUGGAGGCAGCUAUGAUACUCGACCUGUUUGGCCUCAUCGGCGCGUAUGCCGCCGGGAGUUGCCGGGACGUGAGCACCUCCAUUCACGCCAUGGCGCUAGCAGGCGCCGUCCUGGUCUAUGUGGUGAUCCAUGUUGUCUUCUUCACGCUGGACCACAAGGAUAAGAAAGACACGGUCCAGGAACACCAGUUGCUAGAGAAGAGGCGCAAACGGUUGCUUCUCUUUGCAAUCUUGGCAGCGACCAUCACAUAUCAAGCCGGCCUCACCCCUCCCGGCGGCUUCCUGCUCCAGGACGACAAGCUCGGGCGGCACCAUGCCGGCGACCCUGUCCUCUUGGACAACUACCCACGCCGCUACAAUGCCUUCUUCUACUGCAACUCAAUAAGCUUCAUGUUGUCCAUCGCCCUCAUCAUCCUCCUGGUGAACCCCAAUCUGUACAGGCCAGCCAUACAAAGCAAUGCGCUAUCUGUUUGUACGGCGGUGGGCUUGUUUUGUUUGAUGGGGGCCUACGCUGCCGGAAGACGCAACACCUCAAGACAUCCAUCUACAUCUUCGCAUUGGUGGCCGUGGUCCUCUUUGUUGUAG